AUUCUCCUUCGGUGUGUUUGCAGAACGCAGCAAGCUGUCUUGCUCUGUGCUUCUGGAGUUUUCGGCCGUCCUCCCUUGUCUGAUGAGAAACUGGUCUUUACUGAGCCCAGAAUUGCUCUUUUCCCUAGAGGCUUACCCGGUGGAUAUCCUGGAGGAUGACCCCGAGGGCCAUCAGUCAGCAGCACAGGUUUACUAUGAUUUGCUCAGGGAAGGAGGAUCAGCCGAGGUUUUCUCCCUUGCCACUGGGGAGCAGGUCAGACUUGAAACUCCGUUCCUUCAUUAUUGCACUAUGUACCGUGACGAACCUCGACAUAAAAUACUGGUUUUGGUUAAUCCCCAGGACACAAAGACAGUUGUGGCUGUCUACCUAAAGGAGUCCUGGUGGUCCAUCGAAGAUGUCCUAAGAACUUCUGAUCCCGCCAGGGAAGGGCUCAUGAAGGUUCAGUCCUUCGGGGAAAGGAUUGUCCUUUAUGUUCUCAACACCAUCGUUUUUGGAAGACUGGAGAGAGAUCUGGAUGACGAUGACAUGUUUUUCUUACCUCACCCGGCGAAGGAGCAAGCUAAGAUCCUGUGGAGGGAUGGAGCGGCAGUUGGAUUUUAUUCAAUCAAAAUGAAAGGCAGCCUCUGUGGUACCGGCACCAGCGCAUGCUACCUGCUGCCUGUCUUCGAUACCGUGUUUGUGCGGAGGAAGAACCGAUGCCGAGGCCUGGGGACAGCCAUGCUGAAGGACUUCUGUGACACCUUUCGAGCGGUUGAAGGCUUGGGUAUCAGUUGCCCGAUUUCUCCUGCCAUGUACAAAGUCCUCAAGCAGUUCCUGUUGGCCCAUCCCGGCGAGAGAGGGCGCUUGUGGGAGGUGGAGUCCCCAGGGGCCUGGGGCCAGCGUGUCAACAUCUGGCUCAAUAUUUGUCUUCAGGAGGCAGGACUUCAUGAUGGGAGCACAGUGCACCCCGAAGGUUCCGAAGAGGACACAGACACUCCCAGGCAGACUUCCCGGGGUGAUGGACCCACACCGGUCCAUCACGGAGAAAGCCCUAAGCCCUGGCAGCCAAGUGUUUGAGGACAGUGUCAUCCCUCUGUACAGCAAUGUUUCUCUUGCAGGACUGACUGGGAAGCUGAAGGUGUGUGGGUGUAUGUCUAGUAACUGGGGAUGCCUGGGUCACAGCGGCUUAGGAUGAUGCAUCUGGUAACAAUGUGCCCAAGAUCUUCCCACCCCCAUGUAUACCCUGUGCCUCCCGGACUCUCACUUUGAGAUAAGGGUGCUUUUGCCCUAUUCAAGUUCAACUCAUGUGGGGAUUCUUUCCACAGGAGUUUCCCUUCAUGGGCCAGUUGCUAAGCUGAGGGCUGGCACAGACUCUUGGGCAUGGUGGGCAUGUUGCCUGCCUCCCCACCUUGAGCUUUCUGGCUAGCGCAGCAUCAACCUCUGCAAGAAGCAAUAAGAGGUCCUGGAGCCCUAGCUCUACCCUUGUGCUGACAGUGAGCACUCCAACAUACGGGCGGUCUCAAAGCACGCUCAUGGGUCUGAUGCCAACGGACUGCAGAGAACAGAAGACAGAGAAAAUGGUCCCUCGGUUGCUCCUCAUCUGGCUGCCGACUGUUCUGUUCCAAUACUAGAGGGUCCAGAUAGGGUGGUCAGCCCAGAUGAAGAACUCCAUGAAGCUAGGCCAGGGCUCAGAGCACAGGAUCAAAGCCAGUUACAAGCUUGAGUAGACAGGAACACUUGGAUCCUGUCAAAUCUGGUGGUCUUCUCGGCAUGCAUCCUUUAAGGACAUGCCCUAUGGUGGGUGGGCUGGGCAUAGCCUGGUAAGUUUCCCAGCCAGAGUUCCUGGUGACACCUGUGUGGAGGGUCAGAGCUGGGUAUCCCAGGCUGUUCUGGGACUUUGAGUGAGAACCGAGAUCCUGGGGGUGGCCUCCACAUAGUGUGGUGGGGAUCUUCCUCUGCAUGUUCUUGAAGGCCCCUUCGGCUUCAGAAGCUGGUGGCUCCUGUCUUCCCAUGGAGACUAGUCCCAGGCACACAUCUGGACCGUGGCUAAUUGUCCAGCAUGAUAGUGGUGUCUAAAAAAGGCAGGUGAGGCUGUGCUCAGCCUAGGACUGCCUGGCUUCCUGGGACCUUGUGCCACCUUGGCCUCUGUAUCCAUCACUGACCCAGCAACAAUCAGAGAAGAAGUGAGCUGGGAUUCAGAGGUGACUAACGGGCCCAGGCCGAGAAGCCACAGAGGAUACUGUGAGUCCGGCAUCGGACCACAUUCCAGCAAGCUUGGGCUAAGGACGCAGUGGCCAGACCGUGGCCUCAUGAUGGAAGAACAGAGCAGACUGGAAAAACAUCAGUUAGAUCACCUGUAGGGAUCACAAAACACAAGGUGUAGACUAGCAUAGGAACAUGUCGUCUGUGCUCUGGGGUGACCGGUUAGCUCUGGCUUGCCCAGCUUUGUGAUGCCAGCCCAGAAGUGGGGUGCUUUUGAGUGGCGAUCAGUGUUAAACCCAGUGGUUCUACGUUUACUUGGAGGCAAACCUUUGAGACUGGAGGCAUGGGCUUUGACUGGCAGUGGCCUCGGAAGUGAUUGGCGUUGUAAGUGUAUCGGCUAAGCUGACUUAAGAAAAGGUAGAGACAGAGACUGAACACGAGAGUGUUGCGCCCUGGAAAGGUGACUUGGAAAUGAAUCUGUUGGAGGUGACAAAAAAGCCUUAAGCUAUCAGGAAGCCUCAGUCUCAGGGCAGUGACAUGCCGGCAGGGACCUUAGCGAAAUGGUGUCUGGGAGGGUGUUUUAGCCCCCGACUUCCUUCCUCCCUUAAAUCUGUGACCUCUUUCUCUAGAUUAGGCUUCCCCUCUGGCUCUGCAGUUUCCAGGGCAGGUGACCUUCCUUAAAAGGUCAGGGAUUUAUCUCCCUCUGAGCCUUGCUCUUCUUGUCUGCAAAACCUGCACUAUGUCAGCAGAGACCCUGGGAUGUCAGGUGGUUUCGUGGGCUGGAGGAAGUUGAACUUUGCCCCCCCAAAAGCACGGGCAGCUGUGUGCACUGGGCAGUGCAGAGGACAGUGUGAGCAUUACGAACGUCCAGCAUCUGUGUUUUCUUCCAGAAGUGGUCCUGGAUGUUUGCCGGCUACGUCCCCUGCAUCUGACCGCAUGUGGUUUUGUGGGGUGGGAGACUCGGGUCUGAGCCCUUUGAGGAUGACGUUCCCGGCACAGGAGAGGCUCAGGGUGUCUGGUUGGCUUGAAAUAGGUGGGAAAUGAGCGUGGAAGACUGAUACCAUCUGGGGAGGGCCAGAGAAUGGAAACAGGAACCAGCAGAUCCCAGAUUCUAGGUCUGAGACCCUGGAUCUAGCUUUUCCUGAAGCCGGAAUGGUCCUUAAAGUUCAUUUGUCAGAGUUAAAAUUCUCUUCCUUUGGCCAGCGUUAGUUAGAUUUAGCUUUAUGUCACUCAGAACCAAGAGUUCAGAUUGAUGUAUAUUAGUUUUCUCCAGUUCACUGUCUUUUGUAGUGUGAUGGCUAAUCUUGGAUGUCAGCUUGACUACACCUGGAAGUAGCUAAAACCCAAGCAGCUGGAUGAACCUGUGACGGUUCUUAUUCAUCUAUUUUUUAUUCUUAUUUUUAAAAUUGGAUGACUUGAAGUGGAAAGACCCACCCUAAAUCUGGGUCAUUUGAGGUUUUAGAAGAACCACUGAAGUCUGGGCCACGCCUUUUCGUGGCGGCCCACGUAAAAGGACGUGGGGGGAAGGAAGCUUUUGCUUUUUGCCUGCUUACCCCCACUCUGGC